UGGUGCUCGCUGAGUGUUCUUCCACACAACACAUCCUCUGGAGCUCCAACACACUAAAUGAAGCGGACCCUUCUGUUUGGGUCGGCAUCAUAGAAAGCUACAGUGGAUGAAAGACAUUUAUGAGAACGCCAUGAUCAAAGUGAUGAGUUUCUACUCUGGUGUGAGGGCACGGCAUGUUUAUGGCUGGGUUUCCAUCAUCUGGUUCACUUUGGCAGUCAGGAUCGCUGUCAGUGAAGAUGUGCCCCUGCAGACCGUUUCCGAGGUGGCGGCACGGUGCGGAGAAAAUGUGACACUGCCGUGUGGGGUCACUAUGCCAAGCCAGUCAGAUAUUAAAUUAUUUUCCUGGGUGGGUGGAAAUAAAUCAUGUAAAUAUGAGGACAGUCAGCCUGACCCUGAGGUUCUGUGUGAAAGGACGGCAGAGACUCCCAACCACAGACUCGAUAUGACUCUCCUCAAUGUGAUGCCAGUCGACCAGGGAGAGUACUUAUGCAAACUACGCUCCAAAGUGGGUGUAGGUUUUGCCAGGACUUUGGUUACAGUACAAGACUGCUUUGGAAAUUCUAACUCCUACAUCAAAAAUACUGCUGCUACGUGUCAGUUCAGGGGAGUUUACCCCAGUGGCACCGUCCACUGGUUCCAGGGGGACGUUAACCUAACGGACUCUGCCAGCACACAGAAAGAGGAGGACCAGCAUGGACGGUACGAUGUUGUGAGUACAAUAGAUGUCCCGAAAGGAAAGAUGAGCGAGCCCUACAGAUGCUCACUGUGGAUACCUUCUAUCGGGAAGAAUCUGCACACUCAAGAGCUACCUAUGGUUAAGGCACUGGAGUCAUCAGGAAGCAUGGUGAGAGUGCAGUGGAUCUGUAUAAUGGUGGAAAUCAUGAUGGUGAAAUUUAUGAAAUAAAGGAAACCAACGGGUAGAUGAUUUUGUUAGACAGCAUUUGGAGAAGUUCAAAUAUGAAAAUAAUAAAAACAGAAAUGAAAAUGAGCCAAUGAUUGAAGCAGGGAAUUAUUGAGGAUUAGGUGUACUAGACUUUAUGUUGUAUCCAACACAGGCACAGAUCUUUGAAAACACAACAGCAUUUAUUGUAUUGCAGUCUAAGAGGGUGUGUGCUUGAGAGGGAGAGCAUGUUUUAAUUCAGAAUGUCAGUCACUGAUAUUAUUCAAUGAUAUUAUUCAAUGAGUGUAAACUUUGAGAGGAGAGAGGACUUUCACUGAUUAAACGAUGUACAGUUUACCUAUUUCAUAUUUCAUAUUCAAUCUUGUUUCAUUUGUGGUAUUAAACCUUCACUUCAUCCUGGUGGCCAGAGGGAGGCAGUCUUCACAUACAAGAAUCCUAACUGAUUUACUGCUGUUACUCAACUCUUGCAUUGUGUAAAUGUAGAGGAGAGCUCUAUUCAGUACUCUAAAUUUAUCCCAAAUACAUGAUCACCGAAGGAGAGGAAAUGUGCCCACUUUAGUACUUAAGCAACAAAAGAAAAAAAGGAUUUAAUAUCCUUUAUGCAGACAUGAUUUAUGUGAAUGGCUUAUCAGUUAACUGAAGGGCAACAUGCAAAUCUUAAAUCUACAAUACAGGGAUCAAAUAAACAGAUUAGGGACACAUGAUUGUUUACCUUUUUCCAAAAUGUUUUUGAAAUACAGCUACUGAUGAUGAUCUACACAAAAUGUUGUAUAUAUUGUAUAUUGAUGUUUGGUUUUUAAAAUCUGCUUUGUAGUUAUUCUCAAUAAAAGUGUAAAAUAUAACACAUUUCAUACAUGUAUGCUUUGUGAGAAUAUGUCAUAUAAAGCCCUCCUACAAAAGGAACCAGUGAACACUGUUAAUAUCAUCUUCUGACCCGAUGUGUUGGCUCAUGUAUGGUGAGACUGUGUGUCUGUGGAAAGUUUAUUUUGUUAUACAAGAUCAGAUCAGUAUACUCCUCACUGUACGUCACUGCAAAAGUUCACAGAUGUUCAGGCAUGCAGUCCUCCAGGCAAACUACAGCAAGUGUUGCCACAGUGUGUAAGAAUUACAGACAAGGCGGGGCACCUGGAUACCUCACCUGGUAUGUACAAAGGCCCGGUCCAAUAAAGGUGACCACAGCUGACAAAACUGCUGAAUGUGCUUUGUAAUUUCUCUGCUCGGUGGUGCAAGUCUUAAAUUGCGGCCAGGUUAUGCUCAA